GCAAAAAUUUCAUCAAGCUGUGAACAUCGAAAAAGUAGUUACAAAGACGAUUGUACGGCAAAAAAUAAAUCAGAAACAAACUUUCUAGUCUUUGUGAAACACAAUACAAUAUAAAAUCGAAACAAUAGCUGAACCAACAAAACACAUUCGGACUAGAGAGAUAAAAAAAGGAAUAGAAUGAUGAGAAACCACAACAAUCAAAUCGUAGUGAUACUCUCACUACUUUUUGUAGUUUUUAAUUGCGGAGUAAACACACAAGAAUCAGACGAUAUACCCGCAGAACUUCAACCACACAAUCAACCAAGUCAUCGAAAUAAUCCACAGCUAACGAGAGCUAAGCGAAUGUAUGCAUUGUGUCCUCCAGAUUUUCAAAAAAUUGGCAAUGAUUGUUUCUACAUGUCGAAAAAGAAGUACAAUUGGCUGGAUGCACAUUUUGAGUGCAAAGAUCGAAACAGCAAAUUAGCAGAGCCGAUGAAAUUUGCCGACAGACGUUUGAGGAAAUAUUUGCAAAAUAGAGAUGAAAUGCUCGGUGAGAAGUGGAUAGGUGGCAUGUAUAAUCAUCAACAAAAUAAGUGGAAAUGGGGAUACAAUGGUGGUGAAAUGAAAUAUCAAGCAUUUGAUGAUGGCGUUGAAGGAUCAAAUCUUGAAUAUCAUUGCACAGUCAUGGAUCCACAUUCGGAAUAUAAAUGGACAGCGAGAAAAUGCACAGAGCUUCACUACUUUAUCUGUCAACAUCGUAUGAGUUUAGUUAACGAGAAGCAACGCCAGCGUGUUUACACAAAAUGGAAUGAAACUUACCCUAAUCAAAUGGCUAAUGAAGUAGAAGUAUACGUGUCUACCAAUGGCAAUAACAACAAUCGCAGUCAAUUUUACCGCAAAAGAAAUCGCUCGGGAAUAAAUCGAUUAAGUCAAGUGAACAAUGAGGUACAAAAAGCCGAGACGACAUCAUCAACACUCGCACCUGAUUAUUUGCCAUACAACGUCUACAGUAAACUUGAAACGUUUGAACAAAAGCCACAAGAAGACAUUCACCCAAUCAAUUCAGCCACAAAUGUUGGGAAAGAAUUGGAUCAAGAAUCAUUGAAGCAGCGUAAACGUCACUCAUUGAAAUUGUCAGGUGAUGUUGAUUUAGGACUGAAAAAGAAGAAGCGAACAAAGGGAAAGAAAAUUGAAAAGAAGAAUCAAGUCGAUGAAAUUGUCCCGCCGCAACAAAGUUUAAUUGAUGAGAACAAUAAGAACGAUGACAGUGGACGACAACAUCAACAUCAUAAGCAUCACCAUCACAAUCAUCAUCAUCAUCCAAACAAUGCACUUCCCGAAACAGAAGUGAAGACAGACAAUGAUGAAGAAGAAUCGAAGCCUAUAAUUGAAUUAAAGCCUGUACUUGAAUUUUUGACAAGCCCACCAGAGCCUGUUGAAAGAACAACAGCAUCAACAACAACAACAUCUACAACAGUAUCGUCAUCUACUGUUGGACCUGCAAUUAUCGAGAGAACAACAAUGUCAGAGCUUAGAAAGAAACUCGAAGAGAAAGCACAGCGUCGUGAGAGACUAAAAGAGAAAUUGGCCAAAUUAUCGCCUGAGGAGCGACAGGCAUUCUUACUUAUGAAGCAACAGCGUGCAGAUGCGCGUAAAAAGGGUUUUAAAAUAGGAUCAUCAAGUUCAUCAUAAACUUUUAUUAAUAUUUUUUUGUAGAUUUACUUAACAAAUGAGAUGUAAAAAAAAAGUUCUUUACUGAAUUACUUAAUCGAGUCAUUUUCUCUCUCUAUCCCGCUCCUUUAAUAUAUUUUUUAUUUUUUUUUUUUGAUGAGGAUUCACACAAAUUUUACCCUUUACAUUCGAAUUGAUGAUGCCAAAAAUGAAAUGAAAAGAAAAACAGAACAAAUUUUUUUUUAAUUUAUAAAAAGAA